AUGAAUCCUUUUGCUUUGCCCUUCACAUCAGAACUGAGUUUGCCUCCAGGACAGAAGUUUACCGGCUUUGCUCUGCGUACCGGCACAUCCCCCGUGCCCAAGCCCUUCCACCGCCUGCGGAGAAGCGGCGUCCGCCCGCAUCCCGGCUCUAUCCUCACCCCCGACGGCAGGGCGAGCACCAAGUGCCGUUACCCUCCUCACCCCGCACCAGUUGCGCGACUGCGGAUUCUGCGCAGUACGGUCCUUCACACGUUUUGCGACUGUGGGGGAGGGGGUGCGCCCGCGCGUGUGCCGCUGCUGGCGGUGAAGGUGGGAGCGGGCCGCGCCGACAAGCUGGCCGGGCCCGGGGGGGGAGGGGGGGGGGGGGGGGGGCGCCGCCCCCCGCCGCGUGAGCCCACCUGUGCUCCGGCUCCGGCGCUGAUCCCGGCUUCGCUCCCGGCAGAGACCAAGGUGUACGUGGGGAACCUGGGCACGGGCGCGGGCAAAGGCGAGCUGGAGAGAGCCUUCAGCUACUACGGGCCCCUGAGAACCGUGUGGAUCGCCAGGAACCCGCCGGGGUUUGCCUUCGUGGAGUUCGAAGACCCGAGGGAUGCUGAAGACGCUGUGCUCGGCCUCGAUGGGAAGAUAAUAUGUGGCUCCAGGGUUAGAGUGGAAGUGUCAACGGGGAUGCCUCGUCGCUCCCGUUACGACAGGCCUCCUGCGCGGCGCCCCUUUGACCCUAAUGACAGAUGCUACGAGUGUGGUGAGAAAGGCCACUAUGCUUAUGAUUGUCACCGCUAUAGUCGCCGAAGGAGGAGCAGGUCCCGGUCUAGAUCCCGUUCAAGGUCCCGAGGAAGAAGGUAUUCUCGGUCACGCAGUCGGAGUCGUGGUAGGAGGUCCCGGUCAGCUUCCUAUCGUAGGUCCCGGUCCAUUUCUCCUCGUAGGUCUAGGUCUGUGUCUCCCCGCCGGUCCCGAUCGGGUUCCUUGAAGAGAUCAAGGUCUAGAUCAAGAUCCAGAUCUAGGUCCAGAUCUGUUACGUGGCCCCGAAGCAGGUCUAGGUCUCAUGGCAGAUCAAAAUCGGGCUCGCCGGCUAAGAGUCGGUCAAAGUCCCGAUCACCAUCUCCAAAGAGAAGUCGUUCACCAUCAGGAAGCCCUCAAAGAAGUGCGAGUCCUGAAAGAAUGGAUUAAAGUUAUGAAGUUAAUCUUUUAGGAAGAAAGUUAUUUUGCUUACAUUAUUAUAAGGGAUUUUGUGGUGUCUUUGUAAAUGUAAGAAUGUAGAUAGAAGAGUAUAUCAACUAAAAUUUGGCAUGAUCUGGGUCUUCUGAGUUAGUCACACCAAUAGACUAGCACAGGUCUCUUUUUAUUGUAUGAAUUAACUUCCUGUGAUAUGAAAAUGUGGGACUUUUUUAUUGGCACAUUGAAAUAAAAUGUGUAUUUUUAAC